GACUUGGCUAGCCUUCUUCUUUGGCUCCCCCUAACUGCUUUCAUAGCUUUUAUAUUUUUUCACUCUGUUUUCUCUUUCUGUCUUUGUUCACCAAACCCUUCAUAGAUUCGUUCAUGGCGAAUCCGAGAAUGCAGUAAUUUUUUAAUUAUUAUUGUUAUUAUUAUUAUUUUUUAUCCUUUUUUCCAGUUUAAUUUUCUGAAUCUUCUAGAGUUUGUUCUCAAUCCGAUAUCAUUGGAUUCGGAUCUUCUUUGGAUGCUCAAGUCUUUUUCAUUUUACAAUCACAUUCUUCUUCUUCUUCUUCUUUCUACUUAAACGAUUUUCAAAUGUGAGGGAAGCUCUAUCUUUCUUCUUCUUCUUCUUCUCUGGUGCUUCUUUUCUGGAAGCUCCGAGCUUUUCCUGUUAUAGUUCUUGCUCAUUUUGAGAAAUGUUUUACCCAAAAAAAGAAAAAAAAUAGUACAACACAGCAUCUUUUAAGCCCAAGUACAACAGCGAAUAAACGCUAUGAAUUUUUCUAAAAUAAUGAAUCCCAGCCGUUAAUUUUGAUUUUUUUUCUCUCUUUUUUUUUUUCCCAAAAGAAGAGAAAAAAAAAAAAAAAAAAGAGUAUAUUUCUUUGUUGGUUUUGCAUAGUUGGGGUUUUCAAUUUAUCAUUUGGGUGUGUUUUUCGGAGCUCUGAAUUCUGAGUCUCUGGAUAUAUCAAUAUUAGCAAUGAGUUCGAAGAGAAAGAAGGAAUCUCCCGAGUCGGACGGGUCGACUCGGGCAUCGAAUUUUCCAGACGAGGUGCUAGAACGGGUUCUGGGUCCGGUAAAGUCGCAUAAGGAUAGGAGCUCAGUCUCUCUGGUGUGCAAAGACUGGUACAACGCCGAGAGGUGGUCCCGGACCCACGUGUUCAUCGGGAACUGCUAUUCGGUGUCGCCGGAGAUCGUGACCCGGCGGUUCCCAAAUAUACGGAGCGUGACGCUGAAAGGGAAGCCUCGGUUCUCGGACUUCAAUUUGGUGCCUCCGAAUUGGGGAGCUGAUAUUCAGAAUUGGCUGGUGUUGUUCGCCACCAAAUACCCAUGUCUUGAAGAGCUGAGGCUCAAGAGGAUGACCGUCACUGAUGAGAGCUUGGAGUUCUUGGCCCUUUCGUUUCCCAAUUUCAAAGCUCUCUCGCUUUUGAGCUGCGAUGGGUUCAGCACCGAUGGGCUUGCAGCCAUUGCCACUCAUUGCAAGAAUUUGGUUGAGCUUGACAUACAGGAGAAUGACAUUGAUGACAAAAGUGGUGGUUGGUUAAGCUGCUUCCCAGAGACUUUCACAUCCCUGGAAAUACUAAACUUUGCCAACCUGAAUAGCGAUGUCAAUUUUGAUUUCCUUGAAAGACUUAUAAGUAGGUGCAAAUUUUUAAAGGUUUUGAAGGUUAAUAAAAACAUAACCUUGGAUCAAUUACAAAGGUUGCUUAGUCGUGCCCCUCAAUUAAUGGAGCUUGGAACAGGCACAUUUUCACAAGAUCUAACAGCCAACCAGUGUUCAGAGCUUGAAAGUGCAUUCAACAACUGUAAAAACCUACGCACCCUCUCUGGAUUAUGGGAAGCUACAGCCCUAUUUCUCCCAGUUCUAUAUCCAGCAUGUUCGAAUUUAACAUUCCUGAACUUGAGCUAUGCGGCUUUGCAAAGUAGUGAAUUAGCCAAACUUCUGGCUCACUGUCCAAAUCUUCGGCGUCUCUGGGUCCUUGACACGGUGGAGGACAAGGGGCUGGAGGCUGUUGGCCUUAACUGUCCUCUGCUUGAGGAACUCCGUGUUUUCCCCGCAGAUCCUUUUGAUAAUGAGAUUAUCCAUGGGGUGACUGAAUCUGGAUUUGUUGCUGUCUCUUAUGGUUGCCGGAGACUCCAUUAUGUCCUUUACUUUUGCCGGCAGAUGACUAAUGCUGCUGUAGCAACUGUUGUGCAGAACUGCCCUGAUUUCACACACUUCCGUCUCUGCAUAAUGACCCCACACCAACCAGAUUACUUGACAGACGAGCCUAUGGAUGAGGCUUUUGGUGCAGUGGUGAAGACUUGUACCAAACUCCAGAGGCUUGCAGUUUCAGGAUUAUUAACUGACUUAACAUUUGAGUAUAUUGGGAAAUAUGCCAAAAAUUUGGAAACUCUUUCAGUGGCUUUUGCUGGUAGCAGUGAUUGGGGAAUGCGGUGUGUUCUGGAUGGUUGUCCAAAGUUGAGGAAACUUGAGAUAAGGGAUUGCCCAUUCGGAAAUGCAGCUCUUCUCUCGGGUUUGGGAAAGUAUGAAUCAAUGAGAUCACUUUGGAUGUCAGCCUGCAAAGUUACAAUGAAUGCCUGUCGGUUACUGGCAAGACAAAUGCCAAGGUUGAAUGUUGAGGUGAUGAAGGAUGAGGAAAGCGAUGACAGCCAGGCUGAUAAAGUUUAUGUUUACCGUUCUGUUUCUGGACCAAGAAGGGAUGCCCCACCUUUUGUUCUCACUCUCUGAAGUUUUUAAAAAAGCAUGAGGACAAUUUUCCCACACAAAUGAAUAAGAUGGAAGGUGAAAUAUAACAAUUGAGAGAUUGAGAAACUUGGAAUCUGUUCUUCAACAAUUAUUUCUAUCUUGAAACAACAGAACGGAGAAACACUGAAAGGUAAAAAAAAGUUUAUGCCAUCACAGCCUCUGUUGCCUGAAUCAAGUUUAUCUCUGCUUCUAUGUUAAUCGCAACCUUAAGAGCAGUAAUGCAAUGCUACUGGAAAGGAAUUAGAUAAAGCGGCCCUGUCACAGGUCAUAGAUGGAUCAAAAUCUGUUCCCACUUUGCAUUGAUCAGGAGACAGGAGGAUCCAGCAAAAGUAUGAAAAUCCCAAUUGUUCAGAGUAUCAGCUCAGUACUAUUAAGGACAGGUCGUAUUGGUGACCAAGAAAACUCUGGAGAAGAAGCAAGCUCCAACACUCCCCACGACAACAGAGCCAUCACUGUGGGGAGGGUAAAGAGACUCCAAAGCAAAGCAGCCAUUCGUGCCCUUGUUUCGUUGCCACUGUGCCAUUAUGACUCACCAAACUCCUGGAUGGAGAUGAGCACUAUGGCAUAAAAGGGGGUGAAUUUUAAGAUGCUUUUCUUUAGGAUUAUAUAAUCAGUAUAGUCCUGAAAUGAAUACAUGAAUUUAUCUUCCUUGUGAAGUUGGGUAUUGGUAGGUUCAGUGACAUAAAGCAUAUCGUAUCCUUUAGAGCCUAGUGAAGGGCAUCUUGCUGCACUUCUUGAAGAAUGUCAGUAACAGUGGCUCUGCCUUCGAACCAGUGCUGGCCUGAAUAACUGUCUUAUUUUGGUGAAAGAGGGAAAAAAGGGAAAAAUCUGGGUUUAAAGGCAUGAGUGGGGAUGUUUUACAUUGAAGUGGGCACCUAGUUCCAAGUCCAGGGUUGGUGGGACCCAUAAAAUUUUUGCUUGAUGCUAUGAUGCAUAAAUGUGCAUAUAGAAUGGACAAAAAAUUAAAGGUCCACAUUGCCGUUCGGAUGUGAGAUGUGAGCUGGUAUGCAGUUUUCUGGUGAACGUUGUUGUGAGGUUGAAAAUGACUUGUUGGUUUGCUUAUGCUUUUAUUUCGUUUAUUCUUCUCACUGAUUCAGGUUCAUGAGAAAAGAAACAUUAGGUCCAGUACUCAUCUACAUCAAUGGGUUAUUCACCUUUUGCCAAUUUGGAGCUUCUGGAGUAUCAUUAUAGUAGAGGAUCCACUGGUGGCUUACAUUGAUCCCCUCCCUUUUCUCUCAUGUAUUUAUAUAUGUACUGAUAGAAUAAGUUGGAUUUUCUUAUUUUUUUUAUUAGACUUUUUCCAAUUUAGCAAACUCUCACCAUGACUGGAUUACAAAUUUGUGUUUUAUUCACAUGAAAAAGAAAAAAAGAAAAAAGAAAAAAUCCUUUACAUAACCAUUGAGAGCAAUGUUUAGCAAUCGUUAGUUUA